AUGGGUCUGACUAAAUUAGUGGCGUGUCUUCUAUCUCUGACAACAAUUACAUGUGCCGGAUUUACCCUCGAAGAGCAGAUAUCUCGUAUCGUUGGGGGUCAGGAAUCCGACGCUAACGAAUGGCCGUGGCAGGCUUCGCUACAGUACAGGGACAGCCAUAUUUGUGGUGGCUCUCUUAUUGCACGUGACGUAGUUCUCACAGCUGCUCACUGUGUAGACUUUGGCGUGUCAAGUGAUUUUUCCGUAGUUCUGGGAGAGGACGAGUUGGAGAAUUAUUCCGGAUAUGAACAAAAAAUUCAGGUUUCCCAAAUUAUCAUGCAUGGUAGUUAUGAUGGCAGCGCUGGCGGCUAUCCCAACGAUAUCGCUAUACUGAGAUUGGCAUCCUCUGCAGAGCUGAACGAGCUUGUCCAACUUGUUCCAAUGGCCUCAAAGGGUGAUGAUUUUGUCGGAAACAAUGAUUGUUGGCUAACUGGCUGGGGCAAGACAAGUGCUUCAAGUUCUGUUGCUCCGAAGUUGAUGGAAGUUAACAUUGACGUGAUCACCAACACUGACUGUGCGAGGAGAUGGCGCCGUGUAUCGGGAGCUUCCAUCUUCAACACACACAUCUGUUUGUAUGAAACAAAUAAGGGUUCUUGCAAUGGCGACAGUGGCGGCCCGUUAGUAUGCAGGGUUAAUGGUCAGUUCAUUCUGGCCGGUGUGACGUCAUGGGGAAUCAGUUCUUGUUCCGGAUACCCAAGUGUGUACACACGUGUGUCCGAGUACCGUGACUGGAUAAAUAAUGACAUGUAA